UUCAUAACAUUGGUGUCUAAAUAAGUACCUAAGUAUUGUAAUUGUCACUCCGAACCAACAAUUUAUAUUCAAUUUCCUCAGUGAAGCGAGCGAUCGCCGAGAGGUUGGAAACUUUUUCAACGCUCGGAAAAAACGCACCAUGGCUGACGAAGCAGCCGUCAAUCCCAAAGCUUAUCCAUUAGCAGAUGCAGCUCUGACUGCCAAAAUCUUGAAUCUUGUCCAACAGGCUGCCAACUACAAGCAGUUGAGAAAAGGCGCCAAUGAAGCAACCAAGACCCUGAACAGAGGUCUUUCUGAAUUUAUAAUAAUGGCUGCUGAUGCUGAGCCUUUAGAGAUUGUUUUACACAUUCCAAUUUUAUGUGAGGAUAAAAAUGUUCCAUAUGUGUUUGUGCGAUCCAAGCAGGCACUGGGCCGGGCAUGUGGAGUCUCUCGUCCCAUUAUCUCAUGCUCCAUUACUAUCAAUGAAGGCAGCCAGUUAAAACCUCAAAUCCAAAGUAUACAGCAAGAAAUUGAAAGACUAUUAGUAUAAGUGAUAACAUGUGUGAUGCUAUUUUCAUGAAUACAUAUUGUAUUUUUAAAUAAA